AUGUUAAAGAAUCAAGAAAUGAGCACUAACAGUUGGAGCCUACGUGAUGACAAAGGGGUGUCUUGCAGAUUCCCCAUGGAAUCAUCAAGCCCGGUGCAGGUGCUGGAGCAGCUGGACCCAGAGGAUCAAGACGGGCCAAGAAUGCCCACACAUGGGGUCUGGGGAGAAAGUGAAAUGGGGAUUACAAGCAUUAGUCACUAUGCCCAGCCUUUUUCUUCUUUUCUUCUCAUCUGCUUCCCUAAUGACCAGAGUUGGCAGCACUGGCUGUCCUUGCCCUUCAGCCUCCUCUUCCUGCUGGCCAUGGGGGCCAACAUCACCCUCCUCCUCACCAUCUGCCUGGAUAACUCUCUGCACCAGCCCAUGUACUACCUGCUGAGCCUCCUCUCCCUGCUGGACAUGGUGCUCUGCCUCGCCAUCAUCCCCAAGGUUUUAGACAACUUCUGGUUUGGCAACAAGUCCAUUGGCUUCUCUGCUUGCUUUCUGCAGAUGUUCAUCAUGAACAGUUUCCUCACCAUGGAAUCCUGCACGUUCAUGGUCAUGGCCUGUGACCGCUAUGUGGCCAUCUGCCACCCUCUUCGCUACCUUUCCAUCAUCACGGAUCAAUUUGUGGCCAGGGCUUCUGCUUUUGUGAUAGCCCGAUAUUUAUCUCCCAUCCUUUCUGCCAGACUAAGAUACUAUGCAGGGAACACCAUUGAGAACUGCAUCUGCACCAACCUGUCUGUGUCCAGACUCUCUUGCGACAACAUCACCUUCAAUUGGCUCUACCAGUUUGUGGCAGGUUGGACGCUGCUGGGGUCUGAUUUCAUCCUUAUUAUGAUCUCUUACUCCUUUAUCUUGAGAGUUGUGCUAAGGAUCAAGGCUGAGGGGGUGGUAGCCAAGGCCCUGAGCACAUGUGGGUACUUUAUCCUCAUCCUCUUCUUCAGCACGGUGCUGCUGGUUCUGGUCAUCACUAACCUGUCCAGGGAGAGAAUUCCCCCAGAUGUCACCAUCCUGCUCAACAUCCUGCACCACCUGGUCCCGUUUUCCCACCCCCCCCCAGCCCUGAACCCCAUGGUGUAUGGUGUGAGAACCAAGGAGAUCAAGCAGGGAAUCCAGAACUUAAUGAGGAGGUUGUAA